CCCACACCCCCGGGGCCCCAAAGCCACCCCAGGGACAAGUGGAGCAAAAAAAUGGAUUUCCUCCUCUCGGUCAUCGGAUUCGCUGUCGAUCUGGGCAACGUCUGGCGGUUCCCCUACAUCUGCUACCAAAACGGAGGGGGAGCCUUCCUCAUCCCGUACGCGCUGAUGGCUCUGUUCGGAGGGGUGCCCCUCUUCUACAUGGAGCUGGCCCUGGGGCAGUUCCACAGGACGGGCGCCAUCCCCAUCUGGAAGCGCAUCUGCCCCAUCUUUAAAGGCAUCGGCUUUGCCAUCUGCAUCAUUGGCCUGUACGUCUCCUUCUACUACAACACCAUCAUCGCCUGGGCUCUCUACUACUUCUACUCAUCCUUUUCGGGCACCCUGCCCUGGGCGAGCUGCGACAACCCCUGGAACACGCCCGACUGCACCAACUACUUCGGGAGGAGCAACGUGACCUGGACCAACUUCUCCAGGUCCCCCGCUGAAGAGUUUUAUACGAGGAAGGUCCUGGAGAUCCAGAAAUCCAGGGGUCUGUACGAUGUAGGGGGGAUCCACUGGCAGCUGCUCCUCUGCCUCUUCCUCAUCUUCACCAUCGUCUACUUCAGCCUGUGGAAAGGAGUGAAAACCUCUGGGAAGGUGGUGUGGGUGACGGCCACGCUGCCCUACGUCGUCCUGCUUGUGCUGCUGGUCCGGGGGGUCACCCUGCCCGGCGCCUGGAGGGGGGUGGUCUUCUACCUGUGCCCAGACUGGGGCAAGCUCCUGAGCACCGCGGUUUGGGUUGAUGCUGCAGCACAGAUUUUCUUCUCCUUGGGCCCCGGAUUCGGCGUCCUCCUUGCUCUGGCCAGUUACAACCAUUUCCACAACAACUGCUACCGGGACGCGCUCGUCACCAGCGCGGUGAACUGCCUCACCAGCUUCCUCUCGGGCUUCGUCAUCUUCACCGUGCUGGGCUACAUGGCCGAGAUGAGGGACGUGGAGGUGGAGGAUGUCGCGAGAGAUAAAGGGCCGAGCCUCCUUUUUAUCACCUACCCCGAAGCGAUCGCCAACAUGGUGGGAUCCACCUUCUUCGCCAUCCUGUUCUUCCUGAUGAUGAUAACGCUGGGGCUGGACAGCACGUUUGGGGGCUUGGAGGCCGUGAUCACGGCCGUGAUGGACGAGUACCCCCAGGUCCUGGCCGGGCGACGGGAGCUCUUCGUCCUCGGCCUCAUCACAGUCUGUUUCCUGGGCUCCCUGAGCACCCUCACCUACGGGGGGGCCUACGUGGUGAAGCUGCUGGAGGAGUUCGGUGCUGGCUGCUCCAUCCUGGCAGUGGUGCUCCUGGAGACGAUAGCUGUCUCCUGGUUUUACGGGAUACAGAGGUUCUCCCAUGACCUGAAAGCCAUGCUGGGCUUCCCCCCAGGGCUGUUCUGGAAGGUGUGCUGGGUCGCCAUCAGCCCUGCCUUGUUAGCGGUGAGUCUAGACCCAAAUUAAAGACCGGGUCACCAGUCCUUCUCAGGAGCUGCUCUUCCCUCCCCGGGUGCCGCUGCUGCCCAGCGCUGCCGAUUCCGCCCCCCUCGCUUCUGUGGGGUGAACAAGGUGGGCCAGGGGCCCGGCCGGGGCUGUAGGAUCUCACGCCAGCCCUCCUCGCCAGCUCCCCGCGCUGCUGCUCCAGCCACGGGCAACAACCACCUGCCCACAGCCCCCAGGCCAGCGGGUUUCACCAAAAAAGGGAGCUGGAAGUACAUUUUCCAGCCUCUUCUGCAACCCCAGGGCAAGAGCUGGGUGCUGACACGGGUGCAAGCGCAGGCUGGUUUCAUCCUCCUGGUCUGUGGCACGGCCAGCCACGGUGCCCAGCACGUCUCUGACAGCGCUGUGCACCAGGCUGGAUCCGUCCCCUUUGAAAUGCCAGCUCCCCCAGCACUUCAAAGGCUGCUGUCUGCGAGAGGCAGAGGGGUCUAAUCUCACCAGAUCUGCAGAAGAGGCCUUGUGAGGAUUAAUUACGGCUCUAAGCGCUUCGCGCAGGUUAUUAAGAGAGAAGGAUUAUAAUCAAAGCAGACAGCAAAUGAUUCCAUUUCAGCACGGGGACGUGCAGCCGUCGCCGGCCACCGUCUCGGUGGGGUGUGUUAGAUGAAGACCUCUCAGCCCACACCUGGGGAGGGGUGGCAGCCUGGGAAAUGUCACCACGACGUCCACGCUGGCCUCUCGCAGUUAGGAGAGCAGCAGUGGCAGCGGGACGUGGACCGUGUCGACCCCCAGGGCUGAGCCUUGCAGGGGCUGGGGAGAUGCUGCAGCUGAUCUGCUCUCUGUGGGGAGCCGGAGAUGCCCGGCCGCCCUGAAUAGAGCUUUUCUAGCCACCCAUGUUUUGUGGCUGUGGGUUUUGAGGGCUGUACAGCCCUGCUACAGCCCGGUGCUGCUUGUGACAGGCAGUGGGGCACAUCCUGCCAUGGCCUGGCCCAUGAGCAUCCUUCCCUAACGACCUGUGCUUCGUUUGGUACAGUUCAUAGUCAUCAGCUCCCUCCUGGACCAGCCGCCCCUGACGCUCUUCGACUACCAGUACCCCGAGUGGAGCAUCACUGCGGG